AUGAGCGGAUCUUUUGAGUUCGAUUUGGGCUCUAUGGAUCUACGAGAGGGCGUCGUGACGCUAUUCCAGCCACCGUCAAUUGGGACGGCUGGUCCUGUGGUUGGGCGAAGACGGCAUAAGAAGAGCGCGGCGAACGAUGGUGAAGAAUUUGAGAAUCUAAUGCCCUUCAGAUUGUUGCGUCUGCUGAUCGAGUUGGUCGCUGAUACGGAGAUCCUUACUUGUACGCCGAUCGCGGCGAUUUUGCAAACUGGGAGCAAUUCCGAUCCUUUGGGAAUUCGUGAACAUAAACGCGGCUUGCGACGAACAAAAUCGUCCUUCGAAGCGGCGUUUGCAUCGGUGACGCGAGGACCCGUCGAGACUAGGAGGUUCCGCUCGGUGACGCCGAUGACAGCUCAUGUUGAUACUUCGAAGCUCUUGUCUGUGGGAAGCCGAGGAGAAGCUCCCGAGCGAACGAGCAAGCCAUUGCAGUCUACGCCGCAGAGUUUGUUUAGGCCAGUGGUUAAUCGGAUGGCUUUGGGACGUGUCUCUGCCAACCUGGAAGUUGGUUUGCUUACAACGGUGCUCGUUGAUGAGAUAGUCGAAGUGAAUAGUGACUUGUUGCUGAACUGUGGGAGUGGCAGCAUCGAGUUAGCUAGAACCUUAUAUGUACGCAAGCUGGCGUCACGCUCAAACGACACAGCUAACACAAAAUUCGGAGACAGUUUCAUAUUGAAACUUACUUAUGGCACUCCUGAUCUCAACGUGUUUUGA